CUUCCGGGGUUGAGAGUGUGACGUCUUGUUGUGUUGUCAAGAUGGCAGGACACGAACACCACCACCACUUCUCUCCGUGUUUCUGCGACUUAAUGAGGUUGUUCGGGUCCCUGGUUGUUCCCUGCGUGUACCUGAGCCUGGUCCUGACCCUCGGUCUGCUGCUGCUCCUGCUGGGGGUCCGUGUGUGGCUCCAGGGCCGCCGCACGGCCCGCCGGGCUCGGGACGGCGGCCCCGCGGUGGCCUUCUUCCACCCGUACUGCAACGCUGGAGGAGGCGGGGAGCGGGUCCUCUGGUGCUCGCUGAGGACUCUCAUGCACCGGUACCCCGGCGUAUCUUUCGUGGUUUACACGGGCGACCAGGGAGUGACCGGCGAGCAGAUUCUGGAGAGAGCCCGACAGCGUUUCAACAUCUCGCUGCCUCGGCCAAUCACCUUCGUCUUCCUACGUCACCGCUCGCUGGUGGAGGCCGGCUCGUACCCGCACUUCACCCUGCUGGGGCAGAGCGGCGGCUCCAUGUUCCUCGGCUGGGAGGCGCUGACGGCCUACGUCCCCGACCUUUACGUGGACUCGAUGGGCUACGCCUUCACUCUGCCGAUCUUCCGUUACCUGGGCGGCUGUAAGGUGGCGAGCUACGUUCACUAUCCCACAGUCAGCACUGACAUGCUGUCAGUGGUCAGAGAGAGGAACCCUAGAUUCAACAACUCAGACCUGGUCUCCGGGAACGCCGUGCUGAGCGCCGUGAAGGUGGUCUACUACUGCUGCUUCGCCCUGCUCUACGGCCUGGCCGGCUCCUGCUGCCACGUCGUCAUGGUCAACUCCACGUGGACGCUGGGGCACAUCCUGUCGCUGUGGCGCUCACCCAGCCGCACCGGCGUGGUGUACCCGCCCUGUGACGUCAGGGCCUUCCUGGACGUCCCGCUGGAGGACAGAGAGGAGGAGGAUGAGGAGGAGGAAGGCUGGGAGGAGCUGGGACGCGAGCUAGCGGACGGCGAGGAAGAGGACGGCGAGGAAGAGGACGCCAGAGCGGACAGGAAGUGCCACUCUAUCGUGUCGGUGGGUCAGUUCCGGCCGGAGAAGGACCAUCGGCUGCAGAUCCGGGCGUUCCACAAACUGCUGGGCGGGAGAGCGGAGAAGCCCGGCGGGCGGGAGGCGGUGAGGCUGGUUCUGAUUGGUGGAUGCCGGGACCGGGAGGACGAGGAGCGCGUGCUGAUGCUGCGCGGGCUCUGCCAGGAGCUGGGCGUGGCCGACCGCGUCGACUUCAAACUCAACGUGACCUUCGGCGAGCUGAAGAGAGAGCUGGGGAACGCCACCAUCGGGCUGCACACCAUGUGGAACGAACACUUUGGGAUCGGUGUGGUGGAGUGUAUGGCUGCAGGCGCCAUUGUCCUGGCCCAUAAGUCCGGCGGUCCGAAGCUGGACAUCGUGGUGCCGUACGAAGGCGGGCAGACGGGCUUCCUGGCCGACAGCGAGGACAGCUACGCCGCAGCCAUGGAAACCAUCCUGGCGCUGUCUCCGUCGGCCAGACUGGAGAUCCGACAGAAUGCCCGGCGCUCCGUGGAACGAUUCUCGGACCAGGAGUUUGAGGCGUGUUUCCUGGCCGCCAUGGAGUCUCUGAUGAGCGCUCUGGAGCAAUGAGGAGGAACACACGAGUCCCCCGAGGACUGGGACUAGGUCUGAGACUAGUUCUGAGAGACGGAUACUGAGCGGCGAGAGUCUGACCUACGUUUAGAACAAGCUAUGCUUCCAACGCUGUCAGUUACGUAAAGAGUUUUACUGCAUAGAAGUUUUAGCUGUGUGUGUGUGUGUGUGUGUGUGUGUGUGUGUGUGUGCGUGCGUGUGUGCGUGCGUGUGUGUGUGUGUGUGUGUGUGUGUGUGUGACAAGAAUUGAGAAUAAAAAUAGUAAUCUCAGUUUUUCACUGUAUAGAUUUCCCUUAAAGCUCCAUUGGGUAAGAAUUUCUCCCCUAACCCACAGACACACACACACACACACACACACACACACACACAC